UUCAAAUUAAUUUCUUCUUUUAAUUCUCUGUAAUUUUCACGAUAAUCAAGAAUGGUGGUUUUCCCAAACCCCACAACCGAACAGUUCGAUGUUAAAACCUGCAAACCAGUAAACCGUUUGACUUAUCCUGCAAUUCCUCUCAUUGACCUUUCCAAACCUGAUUCAAAACACCUUCUUGUUAAAGCAUGCCAAGAUUUUGGAUUCUUUAAAGUCGUUAAUCAUGGAAUCCCAAUGAAAUUGAUCAAUAAGCUCGAAUCAGAAGCCACAGAAUUCUUCUCGUCUCCUCAAUCUGUCAAAGAAAAAGCUGGCCCACCUAACCCGUUUGGUUAUGGUAACAAGAACAUUGGUCGAAAUGGCGAUGUUGGUUGGGUGGAAUACCUUCUCCUCAACACAAAACCUGAAUCUGAUUACAAUAAGAUUAUCUCCAGUUUUGAAGAACACCCAGAAAGUUUCCGGUGUGUCGUGGAUGAUUACGUGAGAGCUGUGAAGAAAAUGGCGUGUGAACUUCUGGAAUUUAUGGCGGAUGAACUGAAAUUGGAGCAGAGAAAUGUCUUUAGUAAGCUGUUAAUGGAUGAACAGAGCGACUCUGUUUUCAGGCUCAACUACUAUCCGCCAUGUCCAGAGCUUCAAGAACAUGAAAUCAAAGGAGGGAAUUUGAUUGGAUUUGGAGAACACACAGACCCACAAAUCAUUUCUGUUUUGAGAUCCAAUAACACUUCUGGACUCGAAAUUUCGUUAAGAGAUGGGAGUUGGAUGUCUGUUCCUCCGGAUUCAGAGUCGUUUUUCAUCAAUGUUGGUGACUCUUUACAGGUGAUGACAAAUGGAAGAUUCAAGAGCAUAAAGCAUAGGGUGGUGGCAAAUAGCAAAAAAAGCAGGAUGUCAAUGAUAUAUUUUGGAGGGCCACCAUUAAAUGAGAAGAUAACACCAUUGGCAUCACUCCUUGAAAGGGAUGAAGAAAGUUUGUACAAAGAGUUUACUUGGUUUGAGUACAAAAAAUUUUCCUUUAACUGUCCAUUGUCUCAUAAUAGGUUGGGAUUCUUUGAAAAAAUUUCUUCUAGAUAUUAAUUUAAUUUUUAA